AUGGAAAAGACCGAGCUUGUGAGUCCUCAUGAAUAUCAUGUACAACAACCUAAAACACAAAAUCCGCCCACCAAACUGAAGGGAUCUGAACCUGUCAAGAUAAAGUACAUUUCCAGCCCCUUGCUGGUCAAAGCUAGCAAUGCUACGGAGUUUCGAGCCAUCGUUCAAGAACUCACCGGCAAGAACUCCGAGGAUACAUUUGGUUUCUUCAAUUCCUCCAGUACGAAUUAUGCGGUCACUGAUCAUCUUGGAAAUCCGCAACAAAACAAUGCUUGGUUGUCUCAACCGGCUGUGGAAGCUUUUACUCGAGAGGGUGCUCUUGGACCAGUAAAUAUUGCUUAUUUUGGUGUUUAUCAGUGGUGGUAUACAAUUGGUUUAUGGACUAAUGGAGAUCUUUAUACUGGAGCUCUUUUUCUAUUAUUUCUUUCUAUCAUAUCUUUAAUAGCGGGCUGGUUACACCUACAACCAAAAUGGAAACCGAGCGUUUCGUGGUUUAAAAAUGCCGAAUCCCGUCUCAAUCAUCAUUUGUCAGGACUAUUCGGAGUAAGUUCAUUGGCUUGGAAAGGACAUUUAGUCCAUGUCGCUAUUCCUGAAUCCGAAAGGGAAUAUGUUCAAUGGAAUAAUUUCUUAGAGGUAUUACCGCAUCCCCAAGGAUUAGGCCCACUUUUUACAGGUCAAAGGAAUCUUUAUGCACAAAAUCCCGAUUCAGGUAGUCAUUUAUUUGGUACUUCCCAAGGCGCAGGAACUGUCGUUCUAACCCUUCUCGGGGGAUUUCAUCCUACAAAUGCAAAGUUAUGGCUAACCGAUAUUGCUCAUCAUCAUUUAGCUAUUGCAUUUAUUUUUCUCGUUGCUGGUCAUAUGUAUAGAACUAACUUUGGUAUUGGCAUAGUAUAUUGA